UCUUUGGUUACCCUAACUGAUAAUUUCGCAAGUUUGGUUAAAAACAAAUUGAAAUAACAAUUGAAAUAGAAAGGGUAUAUGAAUUGCAAAACAGUUGCAAUCUUAGCUCGUGGUAUAGUAUUUAACCAACCGUCAGUGGCUGGUAUCCAGGAAGAGCAGGUUUCGUGACUGGCGUGAGUGGCUCAGUUAAAGAAGGAAACCAAAAUAAGGAAGGAGCAAACACCUAGAGAAAAAUAAAAACAAAACACCAUUCCCCUUACUCAGGAAUUAGUUCUCCACCAGUCAAGUGCCAACAGAAUGUCAUCGCCAUGGAGCAAGCCAAACGAGCCAACUCAGACAGCAAGUUUAGCUGAUAUUAUGUCCGAGCAAUAUGCACAUAAACUUCAUGACAAGGAGCUCAAACGUCACCAAGAUAAUACUAAGAAACCUAAUCAGGAAGCAUCAGUUUCUAAAUCCGACGAAGCAUCAUACUCAGAUGUCGCGAAAAUAUCGAACCAGAGCCAAGACGAGGAGUGGGAGGAUUAUUCUUCUCUACUGACUGAUGACGAACUGCCUGCCGAAGUAUUGGCCUUGAUCAAAGAUGAGGUCUCGGCUAAAGGUGUCGAAGAUUCGGAUGCGGUUAUAGCCCAAAUGUUGCAAUCGGAAUUCGAUCACGAGUACAACGAGGAAUUGCGGCGCAUUGAGCGACAGCAAAACAAACAGUCAAAGGUCACUGUCACCCUAAAUAAAUUUCUGCGCGAUGGCGAUGCUGAAUUUCUGCACGAUACUGAAACGGAUGAUUACGAAGAGGAUGAACUAGAACAGUUGAAAAACGACUGGGACCGCUUUGAGACGAAUGAGAAAGUGCUAGAUGGUAUACCAAAAUGUGGAUUUAAAAUUGACAAAGAGGGUGAAAUGAUAACCAAACAUGAUCCUCAAUUGUGUGGGGUUCGAAAUGCCCAGCGUGUAAUGUCUUUCCCGCCAGAGUUUCCCACUGGAGAUGGUGCCAGCUUUGAUAUGAAAUUGUCGAAUAAGGUAUUCAACCAACUGAAAGCCUACUCGCGUCGUGGACGCUCCGAUCGCCAUGAGAAGGUGGCAACUGCUGAGAUGGGCUUGGAUGCCGCCACACGUUUAAUGCUCUAUAAGUUGAUCAACAAUCAGAUACUCGAACAAAUCAAUGGCAUUGUAUCCACUGGUAAAGAGGCUGUAAUUCUGCAUGCCAAUUCCGAUUCCAGUUACACAGGAACCAAUGAGCAUGGCCAUAAGGGUGGAGCCUUAAUGGAACCACAUUUGCUGCCCAAGGAGUGCGCUAUUAAGAUAUUCAAGACAACGUUAAACGAAUUCAAGCAACGAGAUCGAUAUAUUAAGGAUGAUUAUAGGUUCAAAGAUCGUUUCAGUAAGCAGAACCAUCGGGUCAUCAUUAAUAUGUGGGCCGAAAAGGAGAUGCAUAAUCUAAUGAGAAUGCAAAACAUUGGUCUGAAUGUUCCUGAUGUAGUGAUAUUAAAAAAACAUAUAUUGGUCAUGCGAUUCAUUGGAGACAAUCAAAAUGCUGCCCCAAAACUAAAAGAGGCUCGCUUGAGUUCCGCGGAAUUGAGUUGCGCCUAUGAGGAGAUAGUGGCCGCCAUGUACAAGCUUUACAACGAGGGUAAACUAAUUCAUGCUGAUCUUAGUGAAUAUAAUAUCCUAUGGUACGAGAGCAAAUGCUGGUUCAUUGAUGUUGCCCAAAGUGUGGAGCCCGAGCAUCCAAGUGCUCUGGAAUUCCUGAUGAGAGAUUGUGGCAAUAUUGUGAACUUUUUCGAAAAACGAGGCCUAACCAAUAUCUAUACGAAGGAACAGCUUUUUGAAUACAUCACAGACCUCAAUGCGGAAACCCACAAUGCAGCCAUGCUGGAAAGAAUCCAUAUACGAGGUCCCUCCAUCCGUCAGGCCACUGCACCCAAUCAGCAAGAGUGUCCCGAUGAACUGAAACCAUUGGAGUAUCCAUUUGAACUGGCCUGGGAGAAAUCUCAGGAGGAUAGGCAAUCUAAAACACAGGAGUUAGAAGAUAAAAAUGUUGAGGAUAAAAUCACUGCCACUGAAAAUAAAUAAUCCAACGUCUGCCCUUAAGAAUUUGUAACAAAUUUCAGGACACAAAAAUUGAAAGAAAAAAAAAAACAAACAAGAAAUAAUAUGAAAUGCUUACAAAGCAAUUGAUUCUGAUGCCUUUGAACUUGAAUUGUUGUUAAUCAAUUAAUUGUAAAUUCAAAAUGUCACCCACAAUAAGAACACGCGCCACGCCCCGACGACAUCAUCAUCAUCAUCAUCAUGAUGACGAUGAUCAUCGGCUGGCUAACCCGACAAUUGAA